UUAGUUUAUUUCGUAUAGAAAAAUUACUGUAUUAUAAUCUUAACUAAACAAUGAUUUUAAGUUUAACAUCACUACUCAAGAUGGAAUUUCCUGUGUCAGUUUUUAUGGUUUUAUUGCUCCAUGUGUUCGGCUCUAAGGCUUCUUCAACGAGAGGAGCCAAAGUUGACCACCUUCAGAUUCUGGACAGUCUCCUCAAGAAGGACUACGACCGUCGAGCCACGCCUACAAAUCAUCUCAAUAAAGCAACGACUGUAUACUGCGAACUAUACAUCAGAAGUUUUGGAUCUAUAAGUCCCGUCACCAUGGACUACGAGGUGGAUCUCUACCUAAGACAGAAGUGGCAAGACGAGCGUCUCAAACACCCGGACAUCACUGGAGUGUUGGAUCUUAACGACCCCAACUUGGUGAAGGCUAUAUGGAAGCCCGAAGUGUACUUCCCUAACGCAAAACACGCAGAGUUCCAGUUUGUGACGGUCCCUAACGUCCUAAUCCGCAUCAAUCCUGAUGGUGAAAUACUUUACAUGUUGAGGUUGAAGUUGACAUUCUCCUGUAUGAUGGAUCUAUCAAAAUUUCCACUGGACAACCAAAUAUGUACAAUGGAAGUAGCUUCUUUUUCGAAGACGAUAGAAGAGUUGCGACUUGAAUGGAAGACUAUGAACCCAGUAAUCAUGGGCAAAGGCCUGAAGAUGCCUCAGUUUGAGAUAGUGGAGAUAAUCGCAUCGGACUGUCAAGAAUCAUUCCAGAUUGGCAACUACAGUUGUCUAGUAGCGGAGUUUUACCUGAGUCGGUCAGUUGGCUUCCAUCUAGUGCAGAGUUAUCUGCCGACCAUCCUCAUCGUGGUUAUCUCCUGGGUCAGCUUCUGGAUGGACGUCGACUCUGUGCCUGGUAGGACCACCCUGGGAGUCACUACACUGCUGGCUGUAUCAUCACAGAGUUCAGGAAUUCAGAGUGGUCUGCCACAAGUGAGCUACGUCAAAGCAAUUGAUGUUUGGAUGGGAACUUGCACAGCGUUCGUGUUUUGUGCGCUCCUGGAGUUCACCUUUGUCAACUACAUGUGGCGCAAGUUGGUUCCUGAGGUUCUGAAGCGCACCACUACUCUACCAGAAUCUGUUAGUGGCAGAGGGCUGGACAGUGAGACGAACACUCAGACCGUAGCAGUCACUGUGGUGAGGAAAGUUGUAGUGACUGAGAAUGCGAGCGGGCUUUGUUCCAACAACAACAUGGUGAUGGCACGCAGAAUCGAUGAAUAUUCCAGACUGUUCUUUCCUUUAGCGUUUGCUGUCUUCAAUGUCCUGUACUGGACAUACUACUUAGGCUGAAGGAGAAGAUUCGGAUCAAAAUGUAGAUGUGGGUACGGGAUAUAUUAUCCUCCUCGUGGCGAACAACGAUGCGGAUGGGAAACGUUCCUUCUUAUGUAAAAAGAACUACCGUAACUACGCUUGUGUCAUACCCUGUGUUAUAUGUUUGAAAGAUCUGUUAUUGAAGUGAAGUUGUUUCUUAUUGGUUUACUGAUUAAGAAGUAAAUAUGCGACUUUCCGAUUAUGUAUUCCAAUAGCUACCUAAGAAUAGUUUAUCUCAUUACUAGGACCGAAAGUGGCAUUUUCCGGUGCGCGCUCGAGUUUCAUUAUGCGAGGUAAAGCCAAGUAUGUGAGAAGUAUUUUCACGUACGAGGCGAAGCCGAGGGUGGAAAUAAUGGAGCAAGUGCCGGAAAAUCACUUUCGGAUCGAGUUUUGAACGAUACUUUUCAUCAUGACGAAAAAAUACAUACAAAGAGAUACAAACCCAAUUAACAUUAAAACUACCUAUCAUAUUUUUCAAUUAACAUUUCAUAAAUAUCUAUAUAAAAGAAAAUUUUCUAGAGAAAACUUACAUAAUAAUUCGGCACGGAGUGAUGAAAAGAUAUUUAUUUAAUGGUAGAGCAGUUUUUUCAUAGUUUUAUGCAAUGCAAAUAUUGUCGUGUAUUCCUUUGAACUUUUAAAUGGUGCUAACCCUAAAACCAAUGUGCGGGAUCAUUACCGGUAGGAUAUUUAAUUAACUGUUGUCAUAGGUUUUACUGACAUUACAAUUUUUAUUUUAUUUUAUGAUAAAUGGGGUGUCCCAUAUUCCAUAAAAAGGUUGCUUCUUCUCAAUUACACCAGACAGUUAUAACGUAUGGCGUGCUACAAGCUUGAACUACACAAACACCCCAGAGUCCGAACAAUUAGAACAAAACAAGCAAAAUAAGUUUGGUUAAAGUAAUUUGAUUUAAAAUACGAUUUUUCAUCGGUUAUUGGAUUCUUGUACAAUGUUGCUUAAGUAUAUAAAAUUAAAAUAUCAAAACAUAUAGUGUAGUGGUAAAUUAAAAAAUUUAAUUAGUUUGAUUCGCAACUCUUCAGCUGAACUAAUGUAUACCUAUGCACUUUUUUAAACUGUGGUAGAAAAAGUUGUUCUGAAAAUAUUUUGUCCCGCCAUUUUACCUUAUUAAUCAGAACCAAACGACACUCACGAGUAUUUUCCAUAAGUACUUAUUACAACAAUGGGGUAUACAGUUUGCCGGGUUUUCGAUACGUUUAUUAAUUCAAAAACAGCAACCUCUUCGUGGGACACCCUAUAAAUAGGACCAAUUAUAUAUUUGAUUACAUAACAUUUAAUUUAUAUUGUAACUAAGCUG